AUGGCAGCCGAAGUGGACGUUCGGGGCAUCUCUGCCUUCUCCUCGCUUCCUGAAACGUCUCUCACGUCCCUCAUCAGUCAGCCAACGCCCGAGCUCGUCACUGCUCUUCUUCGCGCGAUUGAGGCCAAGGUGAAAGAGUUUGAGCAGACCAAGUCUCAAAAGGUCAAACUCGAAAUCGAACUCGAGACCGUUGUUCGGACAAGUGAGUCCAAGGCAAAAGUUUUACAAAACUCGCGCGACAAGGCCCUUGCGGAGUCAAGUAAACUGCGCGUCGAGUUGCAAACUUCGGAAAAUACACGUUCAAGAUUGGAGACUGAGCUCGAGCAAUACCGUGCUGCCAAAGCAAAUGAGAGUUCCGAAAUCAACACCCUCACGUCACGUAUCUCCUCCCUGGAAGCGUCCAACAGGGACACCUUGGCUUUGCUCGAAGCUAAGAAUGCCGCGUAUGAGAAUAUUUCCGAGGACCUUUCGACGCAGCACUCAAGGAUCGCCGAAUUCAGAAAAGAAAUCAACCAAUUGGAGCUGCAGGUGCAGGCCGCAAAUGCGACCGUUGCGAGUGCGAAAUUCAAAGAGCAGUCACUCCAGCAAGAAGUUGAAAUGCUCCAGAAAAACAAUGAAUGGCUAGAGACUGAGCGGAAGAUCAAGGCCGAAGAGCACACCAACUUCCGGAAGGAAAAGAAUGCACGGAUCUCAGAACUCUCAAGGUUGAAUGAGCAGUACAUAUCUGAAGCCGAAACUCUGAGACGCUCCGAGACUUCGCUCAAACAACGCCUGGAGGAGCAGACGGCUAGGUUUGAAGAAACGUUGGAGGAAAUGCAGAAGAUGCGAGAAGAAAAGAUAUCUGCCGAGGAUGCGUUCAGAGUGGAACUGGAGAGUGUGAACCGUCUGGCUGAGCUGCAAGCGGCUUCUGCCGAGACAGCUAAACAGCGCGUCCAAGAGCUCUCUGCUGCUUUGGAGGAAGCCCGCGAAGAGGCCGCUGAAGAGAUUGGCACCAUCCGCGCCGAGAUCGAAACCGAGCACAAUGACCGGGUCGCUGCUGAACAACGUGUGGCCGAACUCGAGGAGUCUCUGCAUCAGAUGUCAAGUGAACUGGAGCAGGCUCGAACGGCAAGACAGAGCACUCCUCAACGUGCAACUAACGGCUCAGGUAUCACGACACCACUUCGACUUGGAACGCCCAGCGGUAUUUUCUCUCCAGCAUCCGUAUCGAGAGGAAAGUCCCAGAUGACCAUGACUCAACUUUUCUCGGAGUACAAGAAGCUUGAAGCUGAACUAGCCAGCGAGAAGCGUGCUAGAGAGCAGUUGCAGGAGAACCUUGACGCUAUGGUCGACGAACUGGAAAACAACAAGCCUGAAAUUGAGGAGCUACGCGCUGACCACGCUCGAUUGCAGAGCGAAGUUAUCGAGAUGUCCGCGAUUGUCGACAAGACAAACGCUGAGCGAGAUACCACCGUGAAGGAGCUGAGGAACUGCCAAGGCCAACUUGAGAGCAAAUCACGCGAGGUCGAAGUUCUGGCUCAACAGCUUCGAGACAAGGGUUCAGAAAUUCGGUACCUUCUCGUCGAGCAGUAUGUGCGCGAACGAGGCGAAGCCCUCACUCGAGAAGAUUUUGAGGAGCUGGAGAGACAGAGUGAGGCAGCAAUGUCGCAGGACAUGGCAAAUCUCUCCGAAAAUCAGCAACUAAUCAACCAACGACUCAUUGUCUUCAGAAACAUCACCGAACUGCAGCAACAGAAUGAGAAUCAGCUGAAGACGAUCCGAAAUCUAGUUAGCGAAUUAGAGAGCAACGAAGCGAAGGAUCGAGAACAACAGAAUCAUGCUCUCAGCCGCGAACUAGAACAGGCUCGCGCACAAAUCGCCUCAUAUCAGGACGAACUGAGGACCAUGGUUGCCCAGACCAAGAGCUUCGUCAAGGAAAGAGACAUGUUCCGGAACAUGCUGACUAGGCGAGGUCACUUGCCUAGCCAGGUUCAACCGAACGACUUCUCCCGAUCGUUGCCAGUCCCCAGUGGAGAGUCUCCAGCAGGCUCAGUAACUGGCGGCGAAUCCGACUACGCCAAGCUACUCAAAGAUCUUCAACAUCAUUUCGAUUCGUAUCGACAGGAAGCCUCGACUGACCACACUGCCCUCAAAAAUCAGGUCGCCGAGCUGAGCAGGAAGAACUCUCAGCUGCAAACCGAAAUCAGUCGGACUGUCGGGCAAUUGACGGCUGCAAACCAGCGAUAUGAAAUGCUACAAGCUAAUUAUAACUCUUUGAAGAACGAAAACAGUGAGGUCCAGAAGCGGUCAUACAUCGCCAUGGAAAAUGCUACCAAAAAUGAGCUCAGGACCCAGCAAGUUGCUGAAGAGCUUGUUGAGGCGCGUAAUCUUCUUGACAGCCUGCGCCGCGAUUCAGCGAAUUUGAAGGCCGAAAAAGACUUGUGGAAGAGCGUCGAACGUCGGCUGAUCGAGGAUAAUGAAUCUUUGCGAAACGAGCGAAGCCGACUGGACAAGCUCAACGCAAGUCUGCAGACGAUCAUCAAUGAGCGUGAGCAGGCAGAUUCCGAAACACGACGUCGACUGCAAUCCCAAAUUGAGUCACUAGAGUCAGAACUUCAAUCAACCAAGAGAAAGCUCAAUGACGAAAUCGAAGUAACCAAGAAGACUGCUCUACGACGGGAAUAUGAGCAUGAACAAGCACAGAAGCGAAUCGAUGACCUCGUUACCAGCCUGAGCACGACGAAAGAAGAAUUGGCAUCGGCAAAGACGGCUAGAGACCAUUUGCAAGCCAGGGUUGAUGAGCUCACGGUGGAACUCCGGUCUGCUGAAGAGCGCUUGAAAGUGCUGAGCAAGCCCGCAGAGCCUACAACAGAGGCAAGCGGUCCCGAGGACAACGCUUUGAGCAAAGAACAAGAACUUGCUGUGGAAGUGUCGGAACUCAAGCGUGAUCUUGAGCUCAAGGUUUCGGAACUUGAACGUGCCAACGAGCAGGUGGAAGUCUACAAGAACAUUAGUCAAUCGAGCGAAGAACGCCUUCAAGAACUAAGCGAAACGAACGACCAGUAUCGUGAAGAAACAGAGGCUGCCCUUGCUGAGAAAGACGCAAAGAUCAAGGAUCUCGAGCAACGUAUCGAGGAUAUUUCCGCUGAACUCAAUACCACCAAUCAAGAACUGUCACGCCUGCGGGACGAACAAGCCGAGUUUGGUCGAAAACUCGAUGAGCAGAAAGCAGGUUUCGAAUCCGAGAUUGAGCGGCUGAAGGAAGAGGCGGAAAAGAGUGCAGAGCAAGCUCAAUUCAAUCUUGAGGCUUCGAAAAUUCAAGCCCAAAUUGCCACAGAAGCUCAACAAAACUAUGAGACUGAGCUGUUGAAGCACGCCGAAGCAGCCAAGACACUCCACAUUGUCAGAGACGAAGCCAAUCAACUCAAACUACAGAUGGUUGACCUGCGAACACAAGCCGAAACGUCCAAGGCCGAUCUUGAGAAGAAACAAGCCAGUUGGGAGGACAUGAGAGAACGGUAUGAGAGAGAGCUUGCAGACCUCAGAAAACGACGUGAGGAGCUCGCCCAGCAGAACAGCCUAUUACACGGUCAACUUGAAAGCGUUACUCAGCAGAUUACGGCUCUGAAACGUGAUCGUGCAGCCCUGGCAGAAGACGUGAAUGGAGAAGCGCCUGCCCAGCCCUCCGCGGAGCUUGACAAACUGCAAGAAGUCAUUACCUACCUCCGGCGAGAGAAGGAUAUCGUCGAUGUUCAAUACCAGCUCUCGGUCCAGGAAGCCAAGAGGCUACGGCAACAGCUAGACUUUGCACAGUCGCAACUGGACGAGACGCGACUGAAGCUCGACCAACAACGACGAUCUGAGGCUGAUGCUGAACGCAAUGCUCUCAGCCACAACAAGCUUAUCGAGACUCUGAAUGAGUUGAACCUGUUCCGCGAAAGUAGUGUUACGCUGCGAGCAGAAGCAAAGCAAGCCACUCAAGCAUUGGCCGAGAAAACUCGACGCGUGGAAGAGCUAGAAGGCGAAGUUCAGUCUUUGCACGCCCGUGUUGCUGAGCUGGAGAACUUACUGGAGUUGAAAGAGGGCGAAUUGAAACUGAGUCAAGAAGACCGGGACCACUGGCAACAACGCACCCAGAAUAUUCUCUCCAAAUACGACCGUGUCGAUCCAGCCGAAAUGGAUGCUCUUAGAGAGAAGAUGACCUCCCUCGAGCAAGAGCGUGACGAGGUCCGGGUAGAGCUCGACAAGGCCGUUGCCGAACGCGACGAGGCUCGUACAGCGCUUCAAGCACAGAUCGAGAGCACACAGGCAGCAGUCGACUCUGCUAAAGGCGAGUUGAAGACGAGAUUGGAGACGCAGUUCAAAGGGGUCCUCAAAGAGAAAAACAAUACGCUACGCGAAAGAAAGGUCGAGUUUGACGCCCUCGUGGCCGAACGAGAUGCGUUGCACACAGAGCUAGAUUCACUGAAAGAACAACUCGCAGCCACUGAAGCACCUCCUCUCGCGGCACCAGUUCAAGUCAAUGGCGAACAUGCGGUAACUGACGACGCUUCAGCUGUGAGCGGUACAAGUGGCGCCGACACGGCCGUACUGGCAGCUAGGAUCAAAGAACUGGAGGAGUCGUUGGCAGAGAAGACCAAGGAACUGGACGAGUUGAACUCUGCACUGGAAGAGAGAUUCAAAUCAAGAGUGGCAGCUAAUGAGGCCAUCCUCAAUAAGCGGCUGGCCGAGUUUAAGCAACAGGCCCAGCAAGCGAAAGUGGCUGCUCUUGAAGAGUUGACGGCGAAGCUGAAUGCCCAGCACCAACAAGAACUUGAGACGCUCAGAGCUACGUCCGUGCCUGUUGCCAGCGAGCUGCAGAAGCCGUCCGAAGAAUCAGCAGGCGCCCCUGCUCCUGUAACCAACGGCGAGAUUUCUGACGAGGUGUUGCUGUCUCUGUCGGAAGAGAAAGUUAAGUUACUCGUGAACAAGAACGAAAUUGUACGACGCAUUGUCCGAAACAACAUCAACAAAGGAUUGGAGAGAGAAAGGGAGAACAUUCGGAAAGAACUAGCGGCAUCCCAGAGCUCCCAGAACGAAGGGGCUCCUGCGGGACUGCCUGAGGACAUGGAAGAGCGGCUCAAGGCCGAGAAAGAAGCGGUCAUCAAGCAGAAGGAGGCCGAGUUUGAGACAGAGAAAGAGGCUUUGAUCAGACAGUAUGAAGAGAAGUUCGCUCAGGAAAAGCAAGAAAUGACCAGCAAGCACGAAGAGGAGCUCAAGACUCAGAAACUCCAGUUCGACGAAGAGUCGGCGAAGAAAAUCGAAGAGCAAGUCAGAAAUGCUGAGCAGUUGGCAGAGAAGCGAGGAACUGUCAAACUUAACAUGUCUCAGAACAGAGCAGCUCUGGCAACUGCGAAACUGGACGUGGUGAGAAAAGCAGCUGAGGAAACUCCUGAAAAGCCGGUUGGGGAGGUAUGGCAAGUUGCCAAAGACGCCAAACCCACAGCCACGGGCACUCCAGCAGCUCCAAAGCCGGCUGCUCCUCCAGCUCCUCCAGCUACUCCGGCCACUCCAACCGCACAAAGCGUCGCGAAGCCAAACGUCCCUGCCAAAGCAGAUGAGACGAUUCAACCUCAGCAUGCGGCUCCCGAGCAAGCAGCAGCAGCCCAACCUGCUUCGCAGCAACCUAAGCCAAACCCACCCCCGCAACCUGCGCCGCAGGCCAGUCCUGCUCAAUCUGCUCAACCGCCUAAGGCCGCUCAGCCCGCUCAGCCUGCUCAGCCCGCUCAAUCCGAAAAUGCAAAGCAGUCUCAACCCGGGGCGGCCUUGAUGCACCAACUUCAGUCUGGUAUUCCACGGGGUGGAUCGAAUCGUGGUCGAGGAAGCGGCAUCCCAAGAGGACGUGGAGCACCCCGAGGCGGCCGUGGUGGUGGCCCAAAUGUGCACACCGGCGGUAAUCAACAGACAGGCCGAGGUGGAGGGGCCAAUAGUCCGAACCGAGGAGCGUUGAACCCGCAAGCCGCUCAGUUUACUCCCGGUGGUGGAAACAAGAGAGCUCGAGAGGAUGGUGAGAUUACGGAUAAUGGUGGGCAAGGGAAGAGAAUCCGUGGCGAAGGAGCUGCGGCACAAUAG